CCUCCUCCUCCUUCUUCGGAGGAUUUUGGUCUGUUUCCCAUUGAACCACAGCAAUAAUGAUUGACCCGACAAAAGUUUCCCUGCUAUACUUGUUUUUCACCGUCCUAAUCUUCGGCUUCGCAAUCCCAUCAACUACGUCAACAGCAACGACGGUCGCGGUCAAAACUGAAGCGUCAACAACACCACCAACGGUUGCAGCAGUAGUCUCCAGAGACCAAGUUACAUGCACAAUUAGCGCCGAAUGCGACAAUCCGUGCAAGCCUGUGCCUUCAACCCCACCGCCCCCACCGGAAGUCGAGUGCCCGCCGCCACCAUCUCCACCCCCGCCGGAAGUCGAGUGCCCGCCGCCACCGUCUCCACCCCCGCCGGAGGUCGAGUGCCCACCGCUGCCGAUGCCGCCGGCCUGCAGCGUGUGCGAGACACCUGAAUCCCAAAGCAUCUAUGUUUCCCCGCCUCCACCAAACCCUAUAGUGUCGACUUUCCCAUACUACUACCGUCCAGAGGAUUAUGGGGCCUCCAGUUCGCUCCACUCGCAGAUGAAUGCCGCUGUUUUUGCCACUUCUCUUGUUUUGAGUGGGACUCUCUACGUGCUACAUUUCUAGCUACUGCCCAGAUAAUAAUGUCGUCCCUCAUUGUACUCGUUUCUUAGCCAAAACAUGUACUCACCUUUGUUUUUUCUGUUUUAGGGUUUCAUUACUAAUUAAUGCUUCAUGCAUAGUCGUGGAUGUGAUCGAAUCAGAGUACAACGCCCCAUCUUAGAAGGUACAUUAGGCCUUUUAUGUGGCCCAGGAAUGAGAAUUUGUUUUUCGUUUGAGGGAAGUAUCCUCUCCUUUAUGUGGAUUAUAUUCUAUUCUCGAAUUCUUACUUUUUACUGUAGUUAUUGGCCGUUUUUCCUCGAGUUCUUUAUUGGUGAUCGAUGUGAGAAGAGGAAGAUUCCUAAUGAUACUAUGGGGAGGAUGGGUGUUUGUAUUGAUUAGGGUUGUUCAAGUCCACAACGGAUCAUGCAUGCCGUUUGCUCUUUCGGUCGGUUGUGUAUAUUUGAAGGUGGCGAGACUAUGAGAG